AUGUAGAACAUAAAAAACUUAUCAAAGAUAAAUUCUUAUAUUUAGAUGGCAAUAAUUUCAUCUUUAUUUAUUGAUGCAUUUGAAAUAUUAAAUUAUAUUACUAAAUUAGAUGACUUAUAUUCCAUCUUAAUCUCAAAAGAUAUUUGGAAAUAGAUUCAUACUUUAUUUUGUUAUCUUUGUUAUUUAUCUUCUUUUCUAUCAACAUCAAAUGAAAUAGAUACUUAAGACUACUAAUUUAAAGUUAAGUUUGGGAAUAAAAAUUUCUGUGGAAUUAAUGAUUAAUUAGCCUAUCUUAGUCUCAAUUAAGCAAAUUGGCCUUUAAGCUGGUUACGUAAAUUUUUUUAAAAUUAUAAGCAUAAAUGUAAUAAGUUUAAAAUAUAUAUGAAAAUCUUAGUGAAUUUAACAUCGCUUAUAAUAAUCAAAUCAAUUUACAAUUGUUAAUUUAAAUUUGAUUUUUAACUUAAAAUAUAGAAUGUAAAUCAUUUCUUUAAUAUUUCUAAUUAAUUUAGAUUUAAUAAAAUAAAGAUGAAGAUAUUUUUAAAAGAUAUAUUUAAUCAUAUUUAAAUUAAUUAAAUAAAGUCUAUUUUUAUUAAUUUAGAAAAUAUAUCCUUAAUUUAGAUUACUUACAAAAUUAAUCAACUAUUAUUACUCAUUCUAUACCAUUUUUAUUAAAACUAUUUUACGAUUAAAGAAUACUGGAAGGUAAUAACAAUAAAUUUAAUUGUAGUCUAGGAAUAUCUAAGUUUGCAACGAAUCCAUUUAUUGA